AUGCGUGGGAAGUUAUACUGUAGAAUUCCGAAGUUCAACUUCCGAUAAUGCCCCGAGACCUGGCAACGAUGGAGACGACGGAGCUGCAGCCUCCAGAGUUACCACAGCUGCUGCUCGACAACGACGAUGCCGAUGAACGUGAGUGGGGCAGUCAGGACGAUGACGAGCUGCAGGAGAUGAUGGCGUCGCUUUCGUGGACCCUGGAGGCUGCACGAUCGCCUCACGGAAAAAGUCGACGCAGGGCACGCAAUGACCGCUACGAUGAGCUGGAGUUCAUGCGCAACAAAGUGCACCAGAUGGAAGAGGAACUACGAACACUGCGCUUGCAGCACCUGGAUUAUUUAGUGCCCCUACCGGUCUCGUCACCUCCCGCCGCAACUCUGGCGUUCUCCAGCCAAAUGUUUGGCUUCCCUGUACCAUCGCCCACAGCACCGCCAACCUGGGACAUUGCUGCUCGCCAGCAGCGCUGGCGCGAGAGAGCCGCGUGCGAGAACAACCGAUUGCGCAUGGUUCUGGACACACAGGCUAGUCUUGCUCGGAGGCUGGAGUCUCAGAUGGGCAAGCGUAUUCGUGAUCAAUUGACGAGCCAGGCGCUCCCCUUUAGUAAUUUCAGCGGCAAAACAGCCCUGGAUCGUGGCCCGAGCUUUGAAUUGGAAACAGAGACGGUUGAGUCACUGCGGAUUGGACUGAACACGGCGCUCGAGGAAUUGGACUCAGUGUUUGACACAAAUGGUUUGGAUCGAGUGGAACCCCCUAGCACCGACGCGAGAAUACGAGAAGACGUGAGCGGCAUGUACUUAGAUAUAUUUGCCACUAAACUGCUCCCCUUCGACUUCGAGACAACUGCCACAGCGACAUGGAAUCACUAUCGAGGCGUAGAACGCCGUCGUGGAAACCUCAAUCAGAAUUUGACGCUGGCCGACGAAUCCGAUACCGUUAUGGAAGAGGUUGCGAUGAAGUUUACAGGGAAGUCCACAAAUGCCGACUUUCGCGUGAAGCAGGCACUUCAGCGGCAUGUGGAGCCAGACCGGCAGGUCGUGGUCUGGGUUUCCAAGGCGGAGGCGGUGGAGCAGCAAAUUUCAGCGUACUCCAACUUUGGAUUCGUCGACAAGGGUUACGUCGUGGUCAAGAGACCAAAGUUCCCCGAGCAAGGCCAAACUGCCUCUACUUUGCUGCAAAUAUGCUGCCUUAUAUCGCCGCAGAUGGUGCGAGGCUGCGUGCUGGAUGUGAACACGUCGGGGGAGUUUACUGAAUUUGUGUUGAGCGUCAUGGUGGCCAGCAUUACCGCAACACAGGAGCUCGUCGAGAGCAUGCUGCUUAAGGAGGCUCACCAACUGCUUCAACAACGAGACAAAGAGGCAUCGUUGGCGUGAAUAAAUAAAAUCGAAAUCCUACCUUUUGAACUUGGUAAGCCACGAUAUAAUAGCUAGAUACCGUGCGACUGCAACUGUAACACUACACUGCAGUCCUUAUCAUCAUAAACAAUUCUAUUAUCA